CUGAGCGCGUGCGUAGUCAGUCGGCCAGGACUGCUGGCGGCAGCGACGUGCAUCUUGGUCUACAGUCACCGCUGCACCACAGGCGGUGUGACCCUGGGCACUGUACAAUGUCGCUUGUAGGACACGCUGCGCCCCUUCGUUAUGCGGAAGAUACUUGCAUGUGGGGUCUAGACUAUGGAUUAAAAUGCCUUCAUACAUUUUAGGCAUUUACUGCAGAAAUUAUGUGAAACAACAGCAGCCAGCUUGUCUACUUCAGGGUCUCCCAGCUCGCACCUCGUCCCUUCUCCAGACCAUGGCGUGGAUUUACUCUAUGUAGUCACCCCGGCAAGCAUGUGUGAUCAACCAGUGCUUUGUGCUGAAGAUUUAUCCCCUCCUGAAGUGCAGUUACCGAUAGAAAUAUGGGAAAUUAUACUGAAGAAGUUACGAGCGCCGGACCUUCUAAAGGCUGCCGUAGUGUGCAGUCAGUGGAGACAUCUGGCGAGAGGGUUAUGCCGGGAAAGGUGUCAGCGACUGCCCCCUCGGUUGGUGUCGGAGUUGCGUCAUGAGUACCUGACGAGCUGCGCCUCUGCCGCCGCUCAUUCUGCGUCGCCGUCAGUCUCGCCUUCGCCCCCGCCCGAUGAGGACAUUUCGGAGCACUCAGCCCCUGCCUCGGGUCAGCACGAGACUCACCCGAGCAGCACCUCGGGAACGGAGAAGGACAGGUCACCCUUCUCGGACAGGUCAAGUGGAGGGUCAUCUGUGGAGGACGAGCACACAGACUGGCUGGCUCUCACGGCUAUGCUGCACCAGACGGUUAUCACACCGGAACCUCAAUGCUGCUUUGUCACUCACCAGCUCGAAAACGUGACACACUUGGCUUGUGCAGGUUCAUUUAUUGUGGCAGUGUCAUGGAAUUCUGACAGCUCCUCCUGUGUCAUAUACGUGGUGGACGGCAGUGGCGAGGGGGACCACUGCUGGCCGCACCACAUUGCGGGACGAGUUCACAAGGUGUGUGUCAUUGAAACACCAGGCAACCCCCCAAUAUUGGCUGUAUGUGUAGACAGAGAACUCCAGUGUUAUCUUCUCAGAACGCAUUUACAAGCUCUGGCUCCUCUGUCAAUUUUUCCAACAAUAACUGUUGACUCCAGGUUAUGUUGUGAUGGGUCUACCCUUGUUGUAUCAGACCUCGUUGGACUUCAGCAGCUCGCCCUAUACGAUGCGACGCCUUUUCUUCAGGAGGGCAAGGUAGAACUGAUCCUUAAAGGACGUAUCCAGACCAGCUCCCCUCCUAUAUACUGGGACCUCUGGAAUGGGUUUGUAACAGCAGUGGUAUCUGGUGGCUAUGUCUCCUCAUACACUGUGACGGGCAAUUUAGUAGCAGAAUCUCCCCUCUAUAAGGAUUUGCGGUAUCCUAACCCAACCAUUCUUACCAGAGGUCUUGUCUUUGCCUCCACAAUCACAUCAAGAACCCUGUUGUCCUACUGGCACAUGGACCGAGACAGGGACUACUGGCUUCUAGGUGAGAGCGUGCUGGCGAGCUGGGUCAAGAGAGGCCGGAAAGCUGUGGGUAACACGAGUGUAGUCAAAAGAGGUCACGUAGGGUCAGGAAGCCAAAGUCCAGUUCUUGAGAUGUCACCUGCGGCCGGGUCACCCGAGAAACCAGAAUCACAUAUACAGGCCUUUCCGGAGUCUUCAAGCAUAUGCAUUUUGACGUUGGCUAAGAUAAGAGUGGGAAAAGUAUUAGCAUUGGAGACAACGGCCAUACACUACAAAAGAGGACUCGUCUUCUGUGGCACAAGUCAAGGACAUCUUUUGGUGUACCAGCUUCUCAUGAGAAACAAGACAGAAGGUACCCUCAUCGACUGGACUGUUUUGGAGAACCUUCC